AGGAAUGAACUUAUAUAUGAGAAUAAUACGUUGUGUGCCAGUUGUUAUACGCGAUUUCAAAAUAUUAACGUUAAUAGCGGAAAUAAAGAUAUUGACAUUCUGAUCAAAGCAACGUACAAGAAUCAACCUAAAUUUAGAUUAGAAUGGAUACCAUUUAACGAUUUUACAGAUGUAACCCAAAUUGGAACUGGUGGUUUUAGCGAAAUAUAUACAGCGGCAUGGACAAAAGGAGAAAUAACAGGUUGGAGCAGCACAAAAAAUGAAUAUAAUAGAAGAAGGAAUCAAACGGUUGCAUUAAAAAUUCUUAAAGAUUCCCAAAAUAUUAAUUCAACAUUCUUAAAAGAGUUACAAAAUAUUAUUAAAAGUCAACCUAAUUCUCACGUGCGCCACCUUAUUCAAUGUUAUGGAGUGUCACAAAAUCCAAAAACAAAAGAUUAUAUUUUUGUUAUGCCAUAUAUGUCGAAUGGAAGUCUAAAUAAUUAUUUAUCAAAUAAUUUUAAGGAUAUUACUUGGAAAAUGAAACUUGACUUUCUUAGAAAUAUUUUUACAGGCAUUAAAUGGAUUCAUGAAAAUAAAAUUAUACACCGUGAUAUACACAAUGGAAAUAUAUUAAUAGGUAACAAGAUAUCACCUAGGCAAAAUUUUUCAUAUAAAAAAGAAAAACUUAAUAGACAACACAUCAAAAAAUGCUUCAUUCAACAACCUAUUACAAGAUAUAAAGAUACGGAAAAG